CCGUCUCUCUCUCUCUCUCUUCUCUCUCGUCCUAUUUAUCCCCGCGCACCCCUUUGGCAUUUCCUCUCUUCGUCAAACCAACACAACAACAGCGCGAAACCCAUCAAAAACACACGCCCAUCCAAGGAACGAUCCAGAGUCCACUCCAGUCCAGUCCAUGGGAGCGGGGAAGGGCGGCGGUGAGGAGGCCGCGGCAGCUCCUGGGGCGGCGCAGCCCGUCGUGCUGAAGAUGGAGCUGCAUUGCGCCGGCUGCGCGCAGAAGGUCAAGAAGGCCAUCAAGCACCGACCUGGUGUGGAGUCGGUCGUGGCGGACGUGGCGGCGAACAGGGUUGUCGUGGCGGGGACGGCCGACGCGGCCGCGCUGAAGGCAUGGAUCGAGGCGAAGACCAAGAAGUCCGUUGAGGUCGUCUCCGCCGGCAGUGUUCCCAAGAAGGCCGCUACCGCCACCGCGGAGUCCAAGGACGGCGGCGCCGGGGAGAAGAAGGCCGACAAGGGCGCGAGUCCCAAGGAGGAGGCGAAGAAGCAACCGCCGGAGGAGAAGAAACCCAAAGAGGAGACGGUGCUGCUCAAGAUCCGCCUCCAUUGCGACGGCUGCGCUGACCGCAUCAGGCGACGCAUCUACAAGUUCAAAGGGGUGAAGCACGUGGUGCUCGACGGCAAUGGCAAGGACGAGGUGAAGGUCACCGGCACGAUGGAUGUCCCCGCCAUGCUGGCCUACCUCAAGGAGAAGAUCAACCGCACGGUGGAAGCCGUGGCGCCCGGCAAGAAAAAAGGCGGCGGCGACGGCAAGGACGACAAGAAGGACAAAGGCGGCGACGGCAAGGACGGCAAGAAGGACAAAGGCGGAGACGGCGACAAGAACAAGGCCGCGGGCGGCGACGACAAGAAGGACAAGGGCAAAGGCAUCGACGUGGCGGGCCCAUCCACGGCGGCCGCCGCGGCGUUCAUGGCACCGGCGCCGGCCGAGGCGAGCACGUACCGCGUGACGCCGCUGUACGGCUACGUCGCGUCCCCGCAGGGCUCCGACCCCGCCAGCUACUACCCCUACCCCUACUACGGCAAUGCCGAUGGCAUGGGUCACGCCAACCCCAGCGCCGCCACCUACUACCAUCAGCAGCAGCACCCCUACGCCGACGCCACCCAGAACCAGGGGUACCCAUCGUACCCAUACCUCUUAGACAUGCCGCCGCCGCCGCAGCUCUUCAGCGACGAGAACCCCAACGCCUGCUCCGUCAUGUGACACCGCCAUCAGAGCUCAGUGAUCAUCAGCUUUAACUUAGCCGGGAAAUACCUUCGACAUGUUACAUGUCAGCGAUGAGGAUUUAGCCUUAGGACUAGAGGCAUUUUCUGAUCAAAUUUUGCUUCGUUUGUUUAAUCCUUCCAUUCUUAUCCUCGGAGCAACGCUUGCUCUCCUUUUUUUAUCCUCUCCUACUCAUCGGAACCCAUGCGCAAACUCACACCACUCACAAAGCCACAUGUUUCGCUAGCAACGGAGACGUUAAACUACCAUUUGUGAUGAGAGGCAGGCACCGGAGCUAGGAGAAAGCCCUUGCCAUGCGUGUAUCUCGCUUGCUCUCCUCCUUUGGCUAAUUAAACAAUUAGCAGAUUAGAUGAAGUGGUCGAAAAGUGUUUUUCGAGAGUGCGUGGUCAGCGAUGUUGAAUUGUGAACUGGCUUGCCUUCGUUGCCGUUACUUAAUCAAAGACGUGGUUGGUGAAAUCCAGUAAUUAAUCAGACAAUUAAUCCAGUUAAAUCCUGAUUGGUCUGUGCUGUUCUUGAUGGACAAGAAACUGUCCAGAAAACGGCUGUUUUGAUCGAUUUUAAUAUCGACGCCGUUUUCCUAGCUACCAUGGCCGCAAACUUGGAAUUUUUUAUCUCGUGUCCGAGGUGCAGUCGAGGAGGAUAGACAGUUACAUAUUCAGAUAUUCUCCAUGGUAUCUGUCUCUUUAUGAUUCUUUCUGAUGACGUAGCGCUCAUUAUGUUGAGAUUUUCUGUGUGCUGCAUUGCAGCUGCAAGAGAAGACACGGAUGUUGAUCUGCGAAAGAUCACGGCCACAAAAUAAACCUCGGUACUGAUAAAGCUUUUAUGAAAUCUCGUCAA